ACUAUUUGAACCUUAAACUUGUUAAAGGAAUACCAAAAUGUAGGUUCUACAAAGGCACACAAUCAUAUCAGAAACAUUUGCCAAAGAUAAUUGAUAAUGUCAAAGAUUGCUUCAGCAGCAAAAGAAGUCUGAGAUUGCCCAAAUAUAUUAUAUUUUAACAAAGAGAACUGACUCUUUUUUUUUUCAGAUUGUACCAACGGAUGAAUUCUUCCCUAGUAGAAGGAAAAAGUAUAAUUAGCCCUGUACUUACUUUAUGGCACUUUCUUCCAGCAGAUGAUCAUGAACUUGCUAAGAUACUUAAGUGAACUGCAUAUACUUCAGCUGAAAUAGUAGCAAAUAAGAAAAUAGAAUGGUUUCACUGCCAUAACAUAAUAAAAAUAAUAAUAACAGAUUAUAAGGAACAAAGACAGUUUUGCUUUACUAAUCUGUCACACUAAUUCAUAAACGUCUACUUACGUUCUCUUUCAGCUAUGAAGGCAAUCCUGGACUACAUAAGGGAGCACAAAGAAAGAUGCACUUUAAGUUAAUACUUGGAGCUUCAAUAGGAAUACUUGCAGUUCUCUUUGUUGUUUUCUUGGGAAGUUUACUAUUGUUUCGUAACCUGUGUAGAAAUAUGUCCCAUAAAAGAAGCGAUGAAAAAGGUUCAUGCACUUCAGCAUUUUUCAUGUUACACUGUAGCUUUUAGCUUUUAACACUGUUCACUUGUUUUCCUUUUUCAUAUUUCUCUUUAGGUGAUUCCUUGCAUGCUAUUACCAAAUCUCCAGCAGCCUAUUCAAUCGUUCGGGGUGGGCAUUUACCUGAUGAAGGUGUAGCAUGCCAUAUCUCCCUGUCUGAACUAGUAAAUGCUACUAAUAAUUUUAGAAAUAAGAUUGGCAAAGGAAGUUUUGGUUCUGUCUACUAUGGCCAAAUGCAGGAUGGAAAAGAGGUGGCAGUCAAAAUAAUGGCUGAUUCAUCUAGUCAGUUGACACAGCAAUUUGUGACAGAGGUAGUGUUAUGUUCAGCUAUGCGCCCAUCUAUCUUUAACUUCCUUGACAUACUCCUUUGCAUGUACGAUAUGCAUUGCUGUUACAUUAUAGAGUCCUUAUUUACUGAAUGAAUAUUGUGCGUUUGCAGACAUUCGAGAAGGAUUAAUGAAAUAAGAAGCCAGCUUUUUGAUUCCCAAAUUCUCAUUGUGCUUAAUGAGAUAAAAAGAGGGAAAUAAAAAGAUUUUAGAUAUGAUAUACAUUAUAUCUGUAAAAUGUUAGAAUAUUAUGAUUUUUACUCUGACAUACAAUCAUCAAAUUAUCAAGCCAUCCAGAUAUCAGA